AUGGCCAUCGACAGCGUUUAUGUUUCGUCUCCGCCGAUUCAGACCGGACCAUCCGGCCACCCACGCCAUUUUUAUCUCGCAGUUGACAGGCUCCAAUUCAAAAUGCAAACGGUGAUUGAACUCGUGGAUCUGGUGGCUCGACGUCCAUGCUUGCCCAUCGUCGUCUGUUGCAGCACGCGUGACGAUCUCGACUUUCUCUGCUCCUCUGUCCCCGCUCUACCCGUUGUUUCCUCCUCUGCUCUUUACAGUGAUCUCGGUGAAGAUGAACGCGCUUUUAUUUUAGAAAAUUUUCGACAGGUAACAGCACGGUGGAACCAGACGAAUCACGGUGGAGCACCCAACGAGGAUGAGAUUGGGAAAGACGAGAGAUCUCAUAUGAUCAUUGUAACAGACGCGUGCCUCCCUCUCCUUUCUUCUGGGGAACUUCCCUUGAAUGCUCAUCUUCUCAUUAACUACGAGUUACCAGCAAAGAAGGAGACAUACGCCAGGCGAUUGACAACUUGUUUAACAGCUGAUGGAAUUGUUAUUAAUAUGGUGGUUGGUGGAGAAGUGGUGACUCUAAAAAGUAUUGAAGAGAGCAGCAAUAUUGUCAUGCAAGAGAUGCCUAUGCGAGGUAGGGAUUUUGUGAUUUUCAAUUAG